GGGACUUCGCGGAACUGCGUCACCGGAAGUUCUUGCGAAGCCCUUUCCGGGCUUGUGGCGGGCACGCUGGUGAGGAGGAGCCGGACUCGCCGCUGCCGCGAUGGUGAAGCCGCGCUUCAAGGGCCGCGCCAGCGUCAACCCCUCCCGCGCCAGCACCAACCCCGACCGGCCGGGCGAUGGCGGAGGGCACCACAUGCGGGACCGGGCGACCAUCCGGCGUCUCAACAUGUACCGGCAGAAGGAGCGCAGGAACAAUCGUGGGAAACUGGUCCGACCACUACAGUUCCAGUCCACAGUGGCACCAGGCACCGUGGCAAGAGUGGAGCCCAACAUCAAAUGGUUUGGAAAUACGCGUGUGAUCAAGCAGUCAUCCCUUCAGAAGUUCCAAGAAGAGAUGGAGGUCGUGAUGAAGGACCCCUACCGGGUGGUCAUGAGACAAAGCAAACUGCCCGUCUCCCUGCUCCAUGACCGGAUUAAGCCUCACAAUGCCAAAGUCCACAUUCUUGACACAGAAACCUUUGAAACUACGUUUGGCCCCAAAUCGCAAAGGAAGCGGCCGAACCUCCUGGCAAGCGACGUGCAGGCCCUGGUGGAAAAUGCCGCGACGGAGGCCAGCAGCUACAGCCAAGACAAGGACCGGGAUCUGGUGACGGAAGAUACUGGAGUGAGGGAGGAGGCGAGAGAAGAGAUUUACAAGAAGGGGCAGUCCAAGCGGAUCUGGGGAGAGCUUUACAAGGUGAUUGAUUCCUCGGAUGUCGUUGUGCAAGUGCUGGAUGCCAGAGACCCGAUGGGGACCCGCUCCCCACACGUGGAGGCCUACCUGAAGAAGGAGAAGCCCUGGAAGCAUCUCGUCUUUGUCUUGAACAAAUGUGACCUUGUGCCCACCUGGGCCACGAAACGCUGGGUGGCCGUUCUCUCCCAGGACUACCCAACCUUGGCUUUCCAUGCCAGCCUCACAAACCCCUUUGGAAAAGGAGCCUUCAUCCAGCUCUUGCGGCAGUUUGGGAAGCUGCAUGUGGACAAGAAGCAGAUCAGUGUGGGCUUCAUUGGCUACCCCAAUGUGGGAAAGAGCUCCGUGAUCAACACGCUCCGCUCCAAGAAGGUCUGCAACGUCGCUCCCAUUGCUGGAGAAACCAAGGUGUGGCAGUACAUCACCUUGAUGCGCCGCAUAUUCCUCAUUGACUGCCCGGGCGUGGUGUAUCCAUCGGGAGACACGGAGACAGACAUCGUGCUGAAGGGGGUGGUGCAAGUCGAAAAAAUCAAGACCCCAGAAGACCACAUUGCCACCGUGCUGGAGAGAGCCAAGCCGGAAUACAUCCGCAAGACAUACAAAGUAGACUCCUGGCAGAAUGUGGAGAACUUCCUUGAGAAGCUGGCCCUCCAGACUGGGAAGCUGCUGAAGGGAGGAGAGCCUGACGUGCGCACCGUGAGCAAGAUGGUGCUGAAUGACUGGCAGAGGGGCCGUAUUCCCUUCUUUGUCAAGCCCCCAAAUAUGGAGCCGAACCCUCAGAGCGGAGCUGUUGUCUCACCCACCACCACAAGUCAGAACUGGGGCUCUGGGGAAGACGUGGAGCCAGUGGAAGCCCCCGUGGAGCAGGCUGGGAGAGACAGUGGCGACUGCCCCAGUGUGGCCACACAGGGGCUCUUGUGUGUGCAGCAGGACUUUGGAAAGAUCAACGUGGCCCCUCAGUUCUUGCAAGAGGACCUGGUCCCUGUGGACGUGUCGGAUGCUGAUGAGACAGACACUGACGCAGAGGGGGAGACGGGUGCUGAAGAGGAGGGCUGCCAGCCGAGCCAAGCAGGCACUAGGCAGGACUCCAAGGCGGUGCUGAAGGCUCUGGAGGAGAAGAUUGCCAAAUACAAGAGGUUCUUGGACAGGGCCAAGGCCAAGAGGUUCUCGGCGAUACGAAUACCCAAAGGGCUGAGUGAAAAGGUCUUUGCACAAUCUCCUCCGGGCUCUGCAGCUGCAGCAAGUGAAGAAGCUCGAGGACAUCUGAGGAAACCGAAGAAAAAGAGAGUACAAGAGGAAGAGGAGCUGGAGACAGAGGCCCACCCAGCAAAAAAGCCUUGCAAGAAACUGAGCUCCAAGGAGAGGAGAAGAGUCGAGCGGCAGCAGCACUCAAAGAAAGUUGGUGUCCGAUACUACGACACUCACAACGUCAAAAAUAAAAACAGGAACAAGAAGAAACAGAACUCCGAAGGACAGAGACUUAAAUCUAAGAGAAAUAAACACAACCAAUAGGUCCUG